AUGGGUAACGAAUGGGAAGGUGGUGAUGUAGAAAAGGGUGCAAAGAUUUUUAAAACUAAAUGCGCACAAUGCCAUGUUGUCGAAAAAGGUGCUGGUAAUAAACAAGGACCUAAUCUUAAUGGUCUAUUCGGUCGACAAACUGGUCAAGCUCCAGGAUUUAACUAUAGUGAUGCUAACAAAAAUCCAAAGAAAUACAUUCCCGGUACUAAAAUGAUCUUUGCUGGAUUGAAGAAAGAAGAUGAACGACGUGAUCUAAUUGCUUAUUUAAAAGACGCAACAAAAUAA